UGCAUCUCAGCAUCAUCCCAUUGCGUUGAAAGAAUCACCGCAUGAGAGCAGAGAGCAUCCAGUCGCUCAUUCAUUCGCAGCCAUUGAUGCGUCAUGUAGCUGACAUAAGACAAACAACAGCAGGAGGCAGGCUUGGGAGCCUUCGUUAUUUAUUUUUUUUUUUAGCGAAAUAAAACAUAAAAUAAACCCCGAGGAUGUUUUAAAUAGCUCGUCUACGCCAUAAUUGCUGAAAAGAAACAAAAAAAAAUUUAAAAAAAUUGAAACUCAGACAAACUUGGCAUAUGCGUCGCCAUCCAGGGGGUGUAGCCGCGGUGCGGUGCGGUGACUUGUAGCGCGUCUCCGGUCGUGUGACUUGAGGUGGAGGAUCGGGGGCAAGGUGGCCGAGCAGUCAGGAGGAUGCUGGAGGAGGGCAAUGCCUGGAGAAAGAGAGUAUGAGAUUUGUCGAAAGGCGCUCGAGCUGCUUUCCGACUUGUGCUCCAAAGGAGAGGUGCAGGAUGACAACUGCUUGGAUUUCACUUACUACUUCAGGGACCUGGCCAGACCUCGCUACACGGACUCAGAUGUAUCGGUGAGCCUGUUAUCCUUGUUGGUGACCACCUGUGGUCUGGCUUUAUUCAGUGUCUCCCUAUUCGUAUCAUGGAAGCUGUGCUGGGUACCUCUGAGUGGCCGAUUUCUUCCAGAUGUCCUCAAGGGUGCACAUUUUCUGGGAGGGGACCAACAGCCUGUUCUAAUAGAGGUGGAUGGGGAUGAUCGAGAGUACAGCGAGGACGGCUGUAUGAAGGACCCAUCGGGCCUCCCAAUGGCUGUGUCUGUCCCGGAGUCAGGUCUGAAGAUCAGCCACACAUCACCUGACAUCCCUUUGGAGACCCAGGCCAAAGUAGACCAUGUCCAAGCCCAUACCUUGGCCCGGGACAGAGUGCAGCGACAAAUCACUGAACCCACGUCAUCAGUACGUCACAACUCCAUCCGGCGUCAGAUGAACUUGUCCAAUCCAGACUUCAAUCCAACUCAGUUCCAACGGCAGGAUAGUUUGACGGGUUUAGGUCGGAUCAAACCAGAGCUUUACAAACAGCGCUCUGUGGACACAGAUGAUGGACGUAGGACAGACAACUGUGGACGCCUCCAUUUUAUCCUUAAGUUUGAUUUUGAUCUGGAGCAGUUGAUAGUUAAGAUUCAUAAGGCUCAAGAUGUUCCCGCCAAGGACUUCUCUGGGACCUCUGAUCCUUAUGUGAAGAUCUACCUGCUGCCUGACCGUAAAAACAAGCACCAGACAAAGGUGCACCGCAAGACUCUCAACCCAGUAUUUGAUGAGGUGUUUCUCUUUCCAGUGGCAUACACCGAGCUGUCGAACCGAAAGCUGCACUUCAGUGUCUAUGACUUUGACAGGUUCACUCGCCAUGAUUUGAUUGGGCAAGUGGUGGUGGACAACUUCCUGGAUCUUGCAGACUUCCCGCGAGAAACGAAAUUAUGCCGAGACAUCCAAUAUGUCACUUCGGACAAUGUGGACCUGGGAGAGUUGAUGUUCUCAUUGUGCUAUCUCCCAACGGCUGGCAGGCUCACCAUUACCAUGAUCAAAGCCAGAAAUCUCAAAGCCAUGGACAUCACCGGUGCUUCAGAUCCAUAUGUAAAGGUGUCACUGAUGUGUGAGGGCCGGAGACUAAAGAAGAGGAAGACAUCCACCAAACGCAACACGCUAAACCCAAUAUACAAUGAAGCCAUCGUCUUUGAUGUACCCCCAGAAAACAUCGAUCAAAUAAGUCUCCUGAUAGCUGUCAUGGACUACGAUCGGGUUGGACAUAACGAAAUCAUCGGGGUGUGCAGGGUGGGUAAUGAGGCUGACACUCUGGGACGAGACCACUGGAGUGAGAUGUUGACAUAUCCACGCAAGCCUGUCGCACACUGGCACCCGUUGAUUGAGUGGGUUGGACAAGGAGCAGCGGGAAGUGGAAGUCAAGGAGGAUCCACAAAUUCUCUGAAGGCACCGCCCUCACCCUGAACACAUACACUUGUGCACGCACACACAAACAUACAUGCACAUGCAUGCACACACACAUUCAGACACACACGUGCGCACUAAGGCUGAGGUUGGUAUAGCAACGAAGAAUGGACCUACAAAAAUAACCAUUAAGGCUUCUCCUUACAUCUUUCUUACAAACAAAAAACUAAAAAAACAAAAACUCAAUUACAUUCCAGCUGAACUGCUACCGUAUAUAAUUAUUUUAGCUGUUACUAAUGGUAUUAAUAAUUUGAAACCAAAUGACUUUUGUGUGAGUUUCAACUUAAGUUAAUUGUGACUGACGAGUUAUCAUACAUUGUCUUUGCAGUAAGGCGUUUAAAGUCAAGCUUUGUUCGGCAGAAAUGUCAAUGAUUCUUAAUGAAAUUUUUUAAUUUAAGGCUUUCUCAAAUGCAUCGUCUCUCCUCUAAGUAUAUAGUCAUGUAUUUGCUUCAAGAAGAUGUCAAGCCUAACAAAUAAAAUACAACCUUAUUUUUUUUCUUUUUUUUAUGGGGGUUUCUUUUUUUUUCAAAGUGCAUGUUUAAGUAUUAUUUUUCACAGUGUUUGGUCAAAAUAAAGAAAAUAGCGGCAUAGUAGAGAAAUAUUGAUGUGGUGUGUUUUUCAGAAAAGUGAUCCUUUUGCUUUGCAAGACUUCCUAUUUGUUAUGUUCAAACAGUGUAUCUGGAGUGGCUGGUUCCAUUUUUUUUGUGUAUUUUUGCUUCCGGACAAUUUAACGGAACCAUCCUCAUUUAGAAAUAUGCCCCAUAUACAGUGUGUGAUAUCAAAUCAAGAAUCACUUAAAAAAAAACAAACAAAAAACAAAAACAAAAGACUAAUUGUAUGGUGUGUCUAAAAAAACAUAAUACAUCCAUCCAUCCCAAAAUGACUGCUUAAUUAAUAUUUUAUCUUGCUAUGUUUUGGAAACAAUACACAUAGCAAUUGAAUUUGGGAUAAGUAGCUGCAGGCUUAUUUCGGGAGUUGUCAAAAUACAAACAAGCAUAAACAGCCGACAUAUUGUUGAUCAUGAUGUUUUUCUCCGAAGUGAGAUCACACCUUGUUGUAUUUGUAAACCUGUUUUAUGUUUAGGUUUUGAGAAAGUGUUUUGGACACCGUCACAAGUACAGUAGCAAAUGAUGACUUGUGUGUUUGGUCAAUGGAAUGCAUGCAUGAGGUUUAAUUUUGUUUUCUUUUGAUGUUUUGUUUCUGUCAGACCAGAAUUAUACACAAUCUGUACUGGUUAAAAUGUCCUUUUGGAUGUGAUUAAUAAAUGUUUCUUUUUGGA